CGGACAGGCAGCACCAGGUCCAUCAUGUCCCGUCACCCAGUCCCAGUUCCAGUCCCCAGUCCAAGGUCCCACGCAGUUCGCGCCCACUGGGAGCAUCCAUCAUCCCGCCCGGCUCCCCAAAACGGCCCCUCCGACGCCGCCAUGCCAUGGAGCGCCCGCGCCCGCGACCUUUUCGCUACCGCCGUCACUCGGGCAAGCAGUCAUUCAUUCUUUUAGCUCCACCUCCUACCGUCUAUCCGCUCCAUGACUUUUGACUUCUUCAAACCCCCCAUUUUACUCUGCCACUCUCUCCCCUUCGCACGUCUGCCAUCCCAUUCACGGUCUCACGGCCGCCUCUUCGGGCCCCUCAAAGGCAACCAGCAAUUGCGACGACAGGUUGGAGACUUCCUUGCGCGCUCACCAUGGCUUCCGAGGAGCCUCCCCGGGGCGCCGCAGUCUCAGGCUCAAACCGUAUGUCUUGCGCCCAGUUCCUCACGUCUCUCCCGAUCGUCCCGGCCCGGGAACUGUACCCCUCCACCUCCCACUCCCCUCCUUGUGACAUUCCUAUCGCUCCCCGCACCGCACCAUUCGCCGCACUGUUUCGUGACCGCCGGUCCGGCCGUUGCCAGUCGACCUGCAUCCGAACCCGGCCCGUCAUCGGUCCAGUUCCCAGUUGGCUGACAUGCAUCGCCAUUCACAGCAGCGACGACUGAGCAUCCCGCGCCGCAGCCCGCCGCCGCCGCCGCCGCCGCCGUCGACGAUGACGGCAAGCUCCGCAACGAUGUCCCUGCUGUUCGAUUCUCCUCGGCGGUCGAGGAGAUAUCCCCAACCGCGACCGCGACCGUCCCUCACCUCCUGCAGGACAACAGCAUGACCGAAGCCACCGCCGACCAGCUCAGGGCCUUUGCGACAAAGUCGCUGCAGGGCAAGCCGCUCCAGGAACGGCGCAUGAACACCUUUCAAUUCGAGGCGUUCUCCUUGCCUCCAUCCAGGGUGCCUUCUCGAGAGGACGAAUCGCCCGACUCAACCAGACUAUCGACCCCAAUCUCCUCCCAAGUUCAUUCUCCCCAUGGCAGUCCAAGGAUGUCGGCCCUGGCCUCGCCCCCCCUGACCCCGGCCGGGUCAGGCCCGUCGGGCGCAGGAGAGAGGCGGUCGGGUAAGGAAGCGGGCGACCGUACUUCGGGUCUCAGUGAACCCCCGUCCAUUACUCCGCAGCCCACCUCGUCACACGAUAAACCGUCCGCCGCCAUCAGGGGAUCCCUCGCUCACCGACCGGCGUCCUCCGACCAUGUCAUGCGAAGGUCAUCUUCGGCAGAGGACCACAAGUCGCAUCGAAGAGGCAUGUUCAGCGGGGGCGGCUCCUCUGUCCCCACCUCUCGAGAAUCGAGUCCGUCCCGCAGAGAGGCGUCCAACUUUUACUCCAAGCCCGCGACCCCCGGCGGUGACGCCAACGACCCGUACGCCAAGGGCCGCCGCCCGCCGCAGCAUUCGCACCCUACUCGGCACUCCAUCGACCCUCGAUUCGUCUUCUCCCGCAAGAAGAAGCACGGCUCGCCUGGUGGCUCCAAGUCGAGCUUGUCGGAGAAGCAAGGAGGCUCAGGGUACUUCAGUGCAAAGAAUGGCAGCGAGGAGUUCAGCGACGGCGGCCACGCCGCGGGUCAUGGCGGGUCCAUGGUCGAUUUAAAGCGCUUCUUUCGGAAAUCGGGCCACCACAAACAUCACCAAAAGAAGAGGGACACAUCGCCCGCUCCAUCGAUCAAGGCCGCCGGCACUAGGACGCCGCCAAGCUCGCGGUCGACUACGCAGCUACCCUUUGGCGAGGACCACGGUCUCACUUCCAAGUACGGCAAGCUCGGCAAGGUGCUGGGCUCGGGCGCCGGGGGCUCCGUCAGGCUGAUGAGGCGCAAGGACGACGGCACGGUAUUCGCGGUCAAGGAAUUUCGGGCACGACAUACGUACGAGACUGAAAAGGAGUACAACAAGAAGGUCACAGCAGAAUUCUGCGUCGGGUCGACCCUUCAUCACGGCAAUAUUAUCGAGACCCUCGACAUUCUCCAAGAAAAGGGACGAUGGUUCGAGGUCAUGGAGUAUGCGCCGUUCGACCUGUUUGCUAUUGUCAUGACGGGCAAGAUGUCGCGUGAGGAGAUCCGAUGCUGUUUCUUGCAGAUCUUGAAUGGAGUCACGUACCUGCACAGCGUCGGUCUCGCUCACCGCGAUCUCAAGCUGGACAAUGUGGUCGUGAGCGACAAGGGGAUCAUGAAGAUCAUCGACUUUGGCAGUGCCCACGUUUUCAGGUAUCCCUUCGAGAACGGCGAGGUCCCAGCCAAGGGCAUCGUCGGCUCCGACCCGUACCUGGCUCCGGAGGUGUACGACUCCAAGGAAUAUGACGCGGCGGCUGUGGACAUAUGGUCCCUCGCCAUCAUAUUUUGUUGCAUGACCCUGCGGCGUUUCCCGUGGAAGAUCCCGCGGAUGACGGAUAAUUCCUUCAAGUUGUUCGCCGCCGAUCCAACCCCUGGCCACGACCCAAACCGGCUGCUGCGCCCUGCGAAGUCGGAGAGCCAGCUAGCCAACACGCCCGCCCGAGACUUUUUGAUGGAGGACGAAGUCAAGGAAAAGGGGUACCAGGGGCACAAGCGCGACGACUCUGAGACGGCAUCUCAUCACGGCGACCAUCAUCACAAAGACAAAGAGAAAGAUGGUGCAAGUGGGGAGCGCAAGGAAGUCAUCCGAGGCCCGUGGAGAAUACUCCGCUUGCUACCGCGAGACAGCCGACACAUCAUCCAUAGGAUGCUCGACCUGAAACCCGACGCGCGCGCCAAGAUGGACGAAAUUCUGCAGGAGCCGUGGGUGGCCGAUACGGUGAUAUGCCAGCAGCUCGAACAUGGCGAGGUGAUUCCUGCCGAGGAUCACACCCACGUGCUUGAGCCGCCUGCGUCUCAGCCACAGUCAAAGACUUGAGAUGCGACGCAGAAGGCACACUACAAUAUACAGAGUGGCAGUGAUCGAGGGCGUUUAGGGUACGAGGAGUCUUGGCCUCGUGUAAUGGUUAGCUACGACCGACAGACAUGCUUCACCCGACAGGCAUUACGAAGAGAAGACAAGACUGCACAAGCCCAGUCUGAACAUGACACUACAGGAGGGCCGCAAGGGUCAUUGGAUACAGGACAUUGGAUAGAAAAGUAAUCCGUAGAUGCGUAAUUUUCAAUUGCGCCGCCUCUGGGGUGGCACAUGACGACAUG